AUGGCACGUCGCAGCGGCAUACCACAAGAACGACUUCAUCAGUGGGUCACGUGUCGCUAUUGGCGCAAGGCGUAUCAGCGGGAGCUUAAUGGCAUUUUCAUGUUUUUGACAAUCCGUAUUUUCACGCUGACCUUUGCCGACCGGUUGACCCCUGCCCGUGCCCUCGAGUCGAAUUCCGUCACUUGA